GAAUACGUGCAAAUCUCGUGUAACACGAACAAUUCAUAAACUAAGUUAUUCAAUGGAGACGUAUAUGACUAAUUCUAGGUUAUCUACUCUACUUUUUUGGUGAUAAUGAAAAGUUCUACAACAAUUUACCAUUAAUUUUAUCAUAAAUAUUUACAAUACAAUGUUUACUUCAAAUAUUAAUUAACGAAAUGGCACCUGCCCUAGAAAAUAGCUAUUGUGGUCUUUUAACAAAUGAAGAAAAUUUACAAAUAUUCAAAUUACUGGGUAAUCGCUGCCAGACCCUAUGUACAACAGUGGUUCAAUUAUAUUUGACGAAACCUCCAGACCAUACACAAUGGUUCAAAAAGACUACAGGUGUCCUCUGUUUUGUAAAGGACAAUACAAAAAAGAACUUCUUUUUUCGCUUAUUUUGCAUUCAAAGGAAUAUGAAAAUCUGGGAACAUGAAAUGUACAACAACAUGGAGUAUAUUGAUGCUACUCCAUUUUUUCACUACUUUGAGGGUGAAAAUUGUCAUGUAGCCUUUAAUUUUGCUAAUAUAGAAGAUGCUCGAGAUCUGCGAAUAGUUGUACAUCAAAAAAUUCAUGCAAGAAAAAAACGCGAAGAAAAAAGAUGUAAACAGAUUAGUCAGAGUCAUACACUUCCUCCUCCAAAAACAAAUGCAGAUAUUAUGAAUUAUAAAAAGACACUAGAUCCUUCUGCUCAACAAGCUAAAAGGAGAAGAAACAUUACAAAAGCAGAUAUAGGAAUUCCAAGGGAUUUUAAGCAUAUUUCACAUGUUGGAUGGGAUUCUACACAUGGAUUUGAUGUUGAUACUGAAGAUGAACAACUUAAGGCAUUUUUUAAAAAGGCAGGUGUAUCUGAACAACAGUUACAAGAUAAAAGUACCAGAGAGUAUAUUUAUGACUUUAUCAAUCGCAACGGAGGACGAGAAGCCAUUGAACAAACAAACAGAUCUGCAGAAAUAAUUUCUCCUCCACCAGCUGUACCACCGAGAGUACCUUCUGGAUCAAGACAUUCACAUUUACGAAACGCUCCACCACCACCAAUUCCAAACAAAAAUACCAACAACAACGUUACUCCAAGAAAGCCAAGAAUGGAUGUUCCACCGCCAAAGAAACCAGCGCCCACUCCCAAUGUUGGUACUUCGCCAGUUCCGGCAGCUCCUUCAGCACCGGCCCCACCACCACCUCCACCACCACCCCCUAUGUUAAAGGAAAUAAAUAGUUCAAAAGGUAUGAGCUCUGGAUUAACACCACCUCAGCCUCCAUCAGGACCAAAUGCUGCUUUAUUAGAGAACAUUAGAAAUGGUACAACUCUAAAAUCUGUGGAUGACAGAAAAAUGCCUUUGCCAGCUCAAGAUGAUGCUAGAAGUGACUUACUAAGUGAGAUCAGAAAAGGUUGUAAGCUGAGGUCGGUGGAUGAGCGUAACAUCAAACCAAAUUCGGUGCCAAUCAAAGGAGAUGAUUUAGCUAGCGCAUUAGCUAGAGCAUUGAGUAAGAGGAGCGAAUUUAUACAUUCCGAAGACGAUGAUGAUAAAUCUGACUCGUCUUCGACUGCUUCCGAUUGGGAUGAUUGAGUCAGUGAUUUAUUAUUUUAUAUUUAUUUGGUAUUUUUUUACCUUAUAUAUAUUUUGCUUUAUUAAUAAAAAUAACUUGCUACAAAAACGUAAACAAAUCAAAUAUCUAUUUAUUUAGCGGCAGGUCAUUUUUUCUAUCUAAAGUAAUCUAUUGUGCAAUUUUUAAAGCAGUAUUAGAAGUAUAUUUUAUUUUUGAAAUUAAUGAAUACUUGUUUACUACAGUUUUAUGUAUGUAUAUUUAUUUUAUGAAAGAUAACAUGCAGGGAAUCACAGAAAUAUUUCUUAAUAUACAAAAAAUUUUAAAUUAGUAUAAGCAGUAACUUGAAUUCACUUAAAGUUGUCUCUACAAAACAACAUAUUCCUAGCAGUGAUAGCUGUGAAUUUCAAUACAUAAAUUAAUUAAAACCAUUUUUUUCUCUGUAAUUGCUCAGAACAUAUUAAAUAAAUGUGACAACAGUGAUAAAAAUAGUAGAUAUUGAUGACUUGCAAUGACCUUCACUUUAUUUCAUGUAACAAAAACUGCUUUAUUCACAGGACAUAUAGUUUUGAAUAUUAUGUUACAUUAUGGGCAUCAAUCAUAAUUCUGCUUUUUUCUGACCCUUCUUUUUAAAUUGCACAUAUGGUGUAUAAUUGUAAUUCAAUCAAUACAGAAUAUCCAUAAACUGAUCUGAUCAAAUGAAAACUACAGGUAAUAAAUGUAAUUUAUAUCCAUCUAAUAUAAUGAAAACAUUAUCCAAUAAUUUGUCUUAGAGGAGUUUGUGCAUUUAGAAGAUGACACUGUCAGUUUAUUUAACUGUACCUCAAAAAAAUGUUAUUUACAAAAUUCAAAUUUGGUACAUUGCAUGUACCAAUAGUAAAAAAUUGGUUAUUAUAAACAGUUUUUUGUAAAAUUUUAGAAUACUGAUGAACAAAAUAGUCAUCUGAAUUUCUUCUUUCUAUUGAGAUAUGUUUAAAAAACUAAUUGGAAAGGUUAAUUAGGUUAGAUAAACAUGAAUCACAUUCAAUAUCUGCAGUUUGUGUGUGACAAGAGACAAGACAGUUUCUGGAAACCUUGUAUAUUUCAUUCAUUUGAUUACGAUCUAUACAAAAUAUGAUCUAUUUUUCAGUUUUAUUCAUUGUUAUUUAUAUAAUCAGUGAGGCCUAAGACUAAAUUUUUUACAACUGGAAAAUUUCAAAACAAAAAUAUUUUAUAUGAGAUAUUGAUGAACCAACUGUUUCACACAUUUCAUGUGGUAUUACGUAUACUUUACAGGUAAACAUAUUCAACAUGUGUGUUUUCUUCAUUAAAUAUCUAACUUUCCAAUUUAAGAAUCAUUUCUUAUAUGUUUUCCAGCAGUUAUCAUGUAUUUUAAACAUUUCAACUUUUCCGUUUAUAAUUCUUGUUCUUUCGAUUUGUUUUCCCCUUUUUUCAAUGUUUCACGAAUAUCAAAAAACUACAUAUCUUUAGCUAUUGGUGCUAUUCAUAUACAGUUUGAAUUUAUUUCAAAAGGUUCUUGAAUUUUAAUGAGAAAUUUUGAAAUAAUCAUGAAUAUAUGGCCGGUAAAUGUUUUCAUUCAAAUUUGAAUUUUUUUCACGGACAUGAUUUCAUUUUUUAUUCCUAUUUUGGUUGUUACUAUACCAAAAAACUAAUAAUUUUAUAAUAUAGAAGAUAUAUUUAUUACUAAAUAGUUCAAAAUUAAUUUGAGCGUUACAGAGUAGAAAACAACUAAACCAACUUUUGUAUACGAAAUUUUCGUUUCACUACUAAAACAACAUCGUACAUUCCGAAAAUAACCAUAAUAUUAAAAAUAUCCUACUUUAUUUUCCAGAAGAUUUUACUUUAGGUUUUCCUAGAAUCUUCGACUAUCUUGGAAGGGAUUUGAAAAGAAGUGUCUACUGAUCUACUAUUAACCUAGUGAUAAAAAAUUAUUAACUGAUCCGUUGAUCCGACGAAUUUAAACCAAGGUCUUAAGAAUAUUUUUUGGAUUGAAUUGUGUUCCAUUUCCAUUUUGAACCAGAAUAUUAAUUAAAAAUUUGGCAUUGAGAAAUAUAUUCAAUUUAUAUUGUUGCUACCUUUUAUUUAAUUCUUAUUUCAAAUUGGUAGACUGAUAAUAGCAAUCGUUCUUUUAUCUUUAUUGUAAUUUAUUUAUAAACAAUCAUUUUAUCUUAUUAUUAAAAAUGUUUACUAUUUCAUAACAUUGGUUUUUCCUUACCAAAUAUUUUCAGUACUCGAUCCAAGAAAUUUCACAUAUUUAUAAAUAUAUUGAGAUAUUAUCAUUUAAUAUUUCCUAAAAAUAUGUUCUAGUUUCACUUUUUGGAUGUUAAAUAUUUGGUGGGCUGUUUAUUAACAACCAUCAGUCAUUGUCAAUGACAGUCUCUAUCAAACUUUUUGGAACUACUCUGUCGAUCUAUCAAAGUACAAAAAUAUUUUUCAAAUCAAAAUUACUCUUUUUGUCUUCUCAAAAAUUAUGUGUCUACUAAUAUAGGUAGACUAAUUUUUAAAGCUGACUAAACUUUUUCUAAAUCUAUUAAUUUCGUUUUUGUCAAAGUUUCAAAAUAAUUUUGACAAUUUCAUAAUUUGGGGAAAAUUGUAAAUAUACAUAAUGUAAUAAAUAUCUCUGUACAUAUGUGAUUAAAGCGUUAUGAAAGUUGUA